GUGAGUAUGGAAGUUGGCAGUCUUCCUAUCAUCACGCUUAUCUCUACCCUCGAUUUCCGUCACUCUGAAUCUUCCAAAUCCUCAUCUCCUUCUCUUUCUCAACCUCAUUCUCAUUAGUUCCCAUCCUUAUUAAACCACCCCUGUUUUCAACAAGUCUCAUCGCCAUUUUUCUCUAUUGUUAUCAUUCCUAAAACCCCAUUUUCUCUAUCCAAAACCACACUUCGCAGCAAUGGCGAAAGACCCAGUUCGAGUUCUUGUCACUGGUGCUGCUGGGCAAAUAGGCUAUGCUAUUGUUCCAAUGAUUGCUAGGGGGGCCAUGCUUGGCCCAGAUCAGCCUGUAAUUCUGCACAUGCUUGAUAUUGAACCUGCAGCUGAGUCCUUGAAUGGGGUGAAAAUGGAAUUGAUUGAUGCUGCCUUUCCUCUUCUCAGAGGUGUUGUUGCUACAACAGAUGUCCAGGAAGCUUGUAAGGGUGUCAAUAUUGCUGUUAUGGUUGGUGGAUUCCCACGGAAGGAAGGUAUGGAAAGAAAGGAUGUGAUGUCGAAAAAUGUAUCGAUUUACAAGGCUCAAGCUUCAGCAUUAGAAAAGAAUGCUGCUGCAGAUGUCAAGGUGCUGGUGGUUGCCAAUCCAGCAAACACUAAUGCGCUCAUCUUGAAAGAAUUUGCACCUUCAAUCCCGGAGAAAAACAUCACAUGUCUUACAAGACUGGAUCACAACAGGGCAUUAGGACAAAUCUCUGAGAAGCUAAAUGUUCACGUCGGUGAUGUGAAGAAUGUUAUCAUCUGGGGCAAUCACUCCUCAACUCAGUAUCCUGAUGUCAACCAUGCAACUGUCACCACCAGCGGUGGAGAGAAACCUGUCAGAGAACUUGUGGCUAAUGAUCAAUGGUUGAAUACCGAGUUCAUCACCACCGUGCAGCAGCGCGGUGCAGCCAUUAUUAAGGCCAGGAAGCUAUCAAGUGCACUGUCUGCUGCAAGUUCUGCUUGUGAUCAUAUACGUGAUUGGGUUCUCGGGACUCCUAAGGGUUCAUGGGUUUCCAUGGGUGUGUAUUCUGAUGGCUCUUAUGGAAUCCAGUGGUCAAUUGUGCAGGGGCUCAAGAUUGAUGAGUUUUCGAGGGGAAAGCUGGAUGCAACUGCACAAGAGCUCAUUGAGGAGAAAUCCUUGGCCCAUUCAUGUCUCAAUUGACCAUGAAGCUUUUCUUUUCUCAUUGAAUAAUGACAGAGAGACUCAAUGAUCCAUCAAAUAAAGGAAGAACACAUAUUGGUUUUC